AUGACGUCCUACGUGACGUUCUACAUGACGUCCUACAUCACGCCCUUCAUCAAGUCCUACAUUACGAACUACAUCAUUUCCAACACCACGUCCUACAUCACGUCCUACAUGACGUUCUACAUCACGUCCUACAUCACGCCCUACAUCACGCCCUACAUUGCGAACAACAUCACGCCCAACAUCACGUCCUAUAUCACGUCCUACAUUACGAAGUACAUCAUUUCCGAAAUUACGUCCUACAUCACGUUCUACAUCACACCCUACAUCACGCCCUACAUCACGCCCUACAUUACGAACUAUAUCAUUUCCGACAUCACGUCCUACAUCACUUCAUACAUCACGUCCAACAUCACGUCCAACAUCACGUCCUACAUCACGCCCAACAUCACGUCCUACAUCACGCCCUACAUUACGAACUAUAUCAUUUCCGACACCACGUGCUACAUCACUACAUACAUCACGUCCAACAUCACGUCCAACAUCACGUCCGACAUCACGUCCUACAUCACGUCCUACAUGACCAUCUAA